CUUGCGUGAGAGGAUUUUGAGAGUAGAGUUGCAGAGAGCGAGAGGAAUCUUGAAUACUUGGGGUUUUUUCCACUUCGGUAUUUGUCACAAUUUGAACUCAUUGCUCCAUAUUUCAGAAAUUAUGAAUAAUGCUGCUGAAAGGCCACUAAAUGGAGACGUAGAGGAUGACGACGACGACGAUGGUGCAGACCUUGAAGCCUGGGAGAGAACUUACGCAGAAGAUAGAUCAUGGGAGGCUUUGCAGGAGGAUGAAUCUGGACUUCUUCGCCCCAUUGAUACUACAGCCAUUUACCAUGCUCAGUAUCGCAGACGCCUUCGUAACCUUGCUGCCACUGCGGCUACUUCACGAAUUCAGAAGGGGCUUAUACGAUACCUGUACAUUGUCGUUGACCUGUCUAAGGCAGCAUCAGAGAGAGACUUCCGACCAAGUAGGAUGGCUGUGAUUGGGAAACAGGUUGAGGUAUUUAUCAGGGAAUUCUUUGAUCAGAAUCCACUUAGUCACGUUGGUCUGGUGACUAUAAAAGAUGGGAUUGCUAAUUGCAUAACAGAACUUGGUGGCAGUCCCGAGUCCCACAUCAACGCAUUAAUGGGUAAACUGGAUUGCUCAGGUGAUGCCUCCUUACAAAAUGCACUAGAGCUUGUUCUUGGAUGUCUAAAUCAAAUCCCAUCAUAUGGUCAUCGAGAAGCUCUUAUCUUAUAUUCGGCUCUCAGUACGUGUGAUCCUGGUGAUCUCAUGGAAACCAUUCAAAAAUGCAAAAGGAGUAAAAUAAGGUGCUCAGUCAUCGGUCUUGCUGCUGAGAUGUUUGUAUGUAAACAUCUCUGCCAGGAAACUGGCGGGACUUAUUCUGUUGCUCUAGACGAGUCCCACUUUAAAGAGUUGAUCCUGGAGCAUGCACCACCACCUCCAGCAAUAGCAGAGUAUGCUACUGCUAAUUUAAUUAAGAUGGGUUUCCCACAACGGUCAGCUGAGGGUUCUGUCGCAAUAUGCACAUGUCAUGAAGAGGCUAAGGCUGGAGGGGGAUACACUUGUCCAAGAUGCAAAGUUCGUGUCUGUGAGCUUCCCACUGAAUGUCGAGUCUGUGGAUUGACCCUUAUUUCUUCACCCCAUUUGGCAAGGUCAUACCAUCAUCUAUUUCCUAUUGUGAUGUUUGAUGAGGUCUCUCCAUCUCAAAAUGAUUCUAGCCGCAGUUUUCCUAAUACUUGUUUUGGUUGUCAAGAAAGUCUUCUAAGUCAGGGUAAGUUUAUUCCUACAUUUCCAUUUCUGGUGCCUGUACAAAUUUAUAUUGUUGGCUCACAUAUUAUGUUAGGACGUGGAGAGUCUAUAAGAGGAGGAAAGGGAAACAGAACACUUAACUGCUAAUCAGUUAAGUGAGGGGGCGGGAAAGGACCUAUAUAUUAGGACCCUUUAAUGUUUCCGU